AUGUCAAUUUUACAAGAACAGCUUCGAUAUAUCAUAUUCUCUCAAUGGCGCCGCAACAGCGAACGGCAGCAGCCCGCACAUCAACGACGUGUUGGGAAGGGCACCACUACGAUCAGAUUCGAUCAAAUGAGUAAAUUUAAAGCGAAGAUUAUAAUAUUUCUGAUUCUGUUGAACGAUGUUUUCUGUGUUCAUUACUGGAAAAUUAGCGAUGAUAAGAAGCAGAUUGAAGCAGUGCCAGAUUCACCUUAUACGCUUGCCUAUCCCGGGUCACUUGUUGACUUUUUGCGUCAGGUGGAUAGUGUGAAGAAAUUUGGAAAAACAUCUGUUGAGUUGAACAGUGUGCUCAAAUCCAUCAAUGAUCGUGAGUUGCGGGAUGAUCCCGAGAUCGAAGAACGCCUACGAGCAGAGAACGAGCACUGUAAAACAGCAGGGACAAUUGGUCUGGAUCGGUCCAAUUUUAAAACAUCUUACGCUGCUGAACUGUGCCCAGAUUUCCACAAAUAUUACGAGAGAUACACUGCAUUCGUCAAAGAAUAUUUUGAUAUGACCCCAGAUGAUGAAAAAUUGCUGCCUCGUUGCCGUCAAUGGCAUCAAGAAGGUCAACUAAAAGGUCUUUCAAAGGAAGAAAAUGAGUUGGAAAUGAAGAUUCGCAGCCCUGAUCCUGACUAUGGAGAGAUUCUCAAAGGAUAUUUUCCACGUAUUAAGAAGAUUGUGCCUUCGGGAUCACCAGAAUACGGAGCUAUCAUUGCAGCACUACUUUCAGACCAGCUUGAUACAAUAAACGCAAAUCCUUACCUUCAUUUGGCGGCUGCUGCUUAUUGGCGACAAAACGGUGAUCUGAGCGAGGCCCUCAGUUGCUACAGAACGGCAAUAGUACAUGCGGAAAGAGCACUGAAGAAGGGCGAUGAAAGCGCUCAAGUUAGCCUAGAUGCCAUUCAUAUCGCAGCUGCUACCCUAUUUAACAAAGCUGAUGUACCAGACUCUGCUAUAGCAAUAUUGGAGCACUCUUUCGCAAUCGACGACACAACUAGCCGAUCACCUUGUGUCUUUUUGAAGGCACAAGCUACACUAGCUGAUGCAGCAUACCUGAAAUUAGAUUCCUCAAGAGCUCACGGAAUUGAAGUCGAGCAAGUGGCCGACUUUGCUCGUGUAGUCACCUACUUCUCGGAGCCUUUCAUGAAGCAACUGAUGGUACCUCCCAAUGAUUCGAGUUACGUAGCAGAAUUAUUGAAACUUCAUGAAGUUCUUCUCAAAAAAUUGGGCGCCAUGAGCUGUCAGAUUGAUCUCUUCGUGGAGUUAGCGAAGCAAAAGGAAAACCUUGACCAUCUUGUCUCGGAGAAGUUGCGUUUCAAUGACAUGUAUGGUGAUCAGAUGAAAAUUGCUGAUCAAAUCAGGAGUCGCAUGAUCAGUGAGAAAAUGCGGCGUUCGAUGACACUAGGAUAUGAGGAAGCAAAGUAUGGCUACAAUCCAUAUAGAUUGUGCCGAACGAUCAGUACAAAACGUUUUCCUCGAUCGAACCAUCCAGGAAACAUGGUUCAAAUGUACCAUUGCGAACUAACUAAUUCGGUUGCGUAUGAAGAAUCUAUGUUACCGCUAAGGAAAGCGACAGCAAGAAACAGACCGCCGCUGAACGACACUGUUUGGCGUGUCGCUGAAGUAUUCGGUAGAGACAAGAGUUUCGAAAAAAAAUUAGAGUCACUAGAAGGAAAAGCCCCUCUAAAACCACAAAUGCCAAAGAAGUACCCUCUUGACAGUGCGGCAUGGUCUACAGUGCGUGAUCGUUUCUGGCGUCGAGCUGAUUGGCCAAACAGUGUCGAUUGUCAGGCGAUCAUCUCGAGGACGGAUAUAUUCAACCAAAAGUGGUUCCCUCAAGUUUUUAUCAGCCCAGAGAAUAAAGGAUAUGUCGUUGCUGAUUACCUCACUCGAGGAAUUGGGUUGGAACCUCACGAACAGCAUCCAUUACCAUGGCGGGAGCCCUACUGUAAGCCGGUAGACAUGGUUGGCCAUGAGCUCAGUUUUCUGACUGGUCUCGUCACUGCAGUACAUACCCGACCUUCAGCUGAAUACGCUGAAACCCGGCUAAAAUCUGUACUUGUACGUCUUGCUGAUCGUAUCAUGGAGGACAUAGAGGUAGCACAGAGAAUUCGAUCAAUGAUGGAUUAUAAAGUUGGCCCAAGAUGGUUGGCGACGAAUCUAGCAGCUCUGUAUUGGCGGGUGAAAGGGAAUCCUAAGCAAGCUGCAUUCUGCCUCAUUGAGGCUAUACUAGAAAAGUACAGCUAUACAGAUAUUGCUUUUGUGCAACUUGCUCAAGUGAUCUUGAGAGUGACUGGACAAAAGGCGGAUCCUGCUAAACUAUUGCUGAUGGCAAACGGUUCUGGCGGAGAGGAGCCUCUUGUGUACUGGCUUCGAGCACGCGUAGCUCUCCUGUCCAAUGAUGUCGAUGAAGCACUAAAAUUUCUCAAAUUGUCUUUAGACAGAGAUCCAUUCAACACGGUGGUUGCUGAAGAUUUACUGAAAGUAGCGUGUAGCGGAAAGUCCUCGAAACUGGUAAUUUCGUCACGUUUUCCUACUGUUUGCUGUUCCUCUGUAGUGCAAAACGCUGUUUGUUUUAAGACUGGACAUAAAAGAGGCGAACAAUGUUAUGUUGUUGAUACUGAAGACGGUUCUGGUCGACUGAUCUAUAAUCGCUGCAAUGGCGUGUACACGGGGGAGAGUUAUCCGACGGCACCAUAUGUGAAUAUUGUCUCACCGUUUCUACCUAUUUAUAAUACUGUGUCGAAGCGCGAAGGACCACCGUUUGCUGAAGACGAAAGUAGCGUUCAAACAAUAGAUACCGAAGAAUUACCACUGGACUAUGGUGGCUCAGCGGCAUUUUUUGCACCGCGACCUGUAGAAUGGUGGACACGAGCUAAGAACGAAAUGCGUUAUGUGUUAUCGAGUAAUGAAGGAGAAAUCGAUUGGUGGGAGGAAGAUGGGGAAAGUGAACUGGCUGAAGUACCACCGAAGCCUUUAUCGUUUCUUUGGAUCAAAGAUCGUCGAGAGAUGUUACGCUACGAUGCAAAGCUUCCCGCACUCCUCCCUGCUCCAUCGAUGCAUCAGAUCCGCAAAGGAUUAUCAUUAUUCCCUCCACCUCGACAAUCCCAUAAUCUUUGCAGUGGUGUGAAGAAGUUAUCGAUUCUUCUCGAAAAUCAGGUUUCAACCUGGGUUUCGGUUACAGCAAAAGGUGAAGAUAUUGCCAAGUACGUGGAUCUUCGAGGACCAGUCCCAGGAGUGGCUGGUUUGCAACCAGUGUGUCCGUCGAUUGAUCAACGAGAGGCGUCUCCACUUUUGGGAUUGGAUCAUUUGCCAGCGUUUGCAUUGAGUGAUCAAUUCUUGUUCUAUAAACCCGAAAAAGCUCUUACAGACGCUCUCAAGUCGUUGGGAAAUGAGAGAGAUUCCAUCGAACACGUGGCAGCACGAUUGCAUACCGCUUUGGUGGCGAAUGGGAUGGGAAAGAAUGGUCAAACAGUGAACUGGUUGCUAUGCGUUUUGUCUUCGUUGUACUGGCGAGUUGUGGGCGAUGCACAGAAAGCAGUUGGAUGUUUGCAAUGUGCUCUUCAAACAGCCCCACAGCACACGAGAGAUGUUGCUUUGGUGUCGCUUGCAAACAUUUGCCAUCAAGCCGGACUUCUUCACUCCGCAUUAAUCGCUGCCGGAACAGCAUUAUCAGCAAGUCCCAACCUUGUUGCUAUUCAUUUCACUAUUGCGAACAUCUACGCAUCAAUGGGCGACUAUCAACGUGCACUUGAGUUUUAUUAUUCGACGCUAUCACUGCAGAUGAAUUUUGAACCAGCCAAAGAGAGAAUUCGAGCCAUUUAUUGCCAUUCUGGAAAGAAGUUCGACUUCCAAGCGGUCUAA